CUUCUCUAAAGGCAAUGGUUUCCUCCCCAGUUUGUGAUGAAGAGGAAAUUCUGACCUAGAUUCGUCUUGCCGCACAUUAUCGGUAGAUGAGAGCGAGAAUAGUCCACCUCAAUCUCAAGUGACGCCAGUGAUGCUAAAAAGAACUUCGAGCACGGGUUUUACUCCAAGCGUGGUGGCCGUGGAUCAAAGAGAAGAUGUCGAAGAUCCGAGAGACUGGGAUGUUCAGCGUGUCAAGGUCUGGGCAAAAGCGCUAUUUAAUGAUGAAGGCAUAGCUAGAAAAUUCGAGGAAGAAGAAAUCGAGGGGCGUACACUGCAGUCUGAACGCAUCUUGUCCGAUUCAUCGAUGGACAACCUUGGAUUAUCAACAAUUGGAAAGAAGGACAAAUUUGCCACUGCCGUCCAGGAUCUUUUCGGUAAAUUUAUCAAAGUCACAAUAAUGAUAAUACAAAAAGAAAAGAACCCGACAACAGAAGAUGUGACAAAGGACUCAUCAGUGAUCGUCAUUUCAGAUGAUGAUGAGGAGAUGAAAAAUGCAUCUAAUGAUCCCCCAAACAUAUUAAGUGCUACAAAAACACCGACAUUUCAGUUGACUCCUCCACCGGUGACAGUGGUAGCGAAAAGGACUUACCAGACAGCACCCUUACGAAAUCGAAGAGAAGAAAAAAAAGAAAAAGAAAGUAAGCUGUGA